AUGAGAAAAACUCGCCUCUUGGUUUGCUGUGGCCUCGUUUUGAUAGCCUUGCUGGUGAUGACCUCAAUCGACGCAAAAAAGACACCGAAAAAUAAAAAGUUGGCCAAGAAUGAUUUAUCCAAAAACAAAUCCACCAAGUCCGAUUCGAAAAACGACGAACAAUCUGACAUGAAUCCGAAAAUGAAGCCUAUGCAAAAUAAACCCGCAAAGAAAAAGCCAGACAAAAAGAUUGGGAGAGAUUCGAAGAAGAGUCCUGACUUUAUUUUUGAGCACCCAGAGGAAAGUGUUGCCGAGGCGCCACAGGAAAAGGUACAAUCCCCAGACGUUAAAGAUGGCAAUCAAACUGCUUUUUCUGAACCAUCUCCGCUGCAAAAUUGUUCGACUACGGCCAGUAACUCGGCUUCCGACACGCUUGAGAAUAUCGAGAAGAACGUGACGUCACUCUGGAGACACCUGAGAAUACUCUCGCAGCCCGUUCACAUUCACGUCCACGGUGGUCAGGCGUCAUCGGCUGGUUACCAUGGUGACCAUGGUUGCAGGGGUCGUGUUCAUGGUGACAAGAAUGGUAAACGAAACUCCUGUCCACAAAAUUGCAAGGACAAACUUGGAGACAAAGAAAAACAUCACCACCAUUCCCCGUAUCAUCACCAUGACCACACCCAUAACGAUUCGCACGACCACUCGAUUGGCCACCACCACCACCACGGCCACGCCCACCGCCACGCCCACUCCCAUCGAUACUCCCACCCAAGAAAGGAAGACCCUAAAAUUAAAGACAACGACACAUCCGGCGAAGUUAACACAACCGCCAGUGAGAAAGAUCACAGCGCAGGAAGCCACAACCACACCCACGGGCAUGGAGACCGCAGCCACAAAUCCCACCAACAUAACUCCAAAGACAAGAGUAAAAGCCACUCUCACUCCAGUAAAAGCCACUCCCACUCCAGUAAAAGCCACUCCAACAAACAGGGAGACCGCAGCCAUAAACCCCAUAAUCACUAUAAACACCAUAGCCAUGGCAACAAGUUUGCAGGAGGUCAUGACUACAGUCUACCUAACGACAAUUACCACAAAGGCCAUUAUAGCUUUAGGGAUCGCAGUACCCAUGUACACAUUCAUUUGACCUUGGAUGAGAAACCACUUCCGGUUCAGGGGGAGAGAAACGAUUCAGAGUCUUCAACUGCAGAGCCUGUAAAAGAUGAGCCUGUUUUCGCCAGAUGCGAUUUCCGAAGAGACAAUAAUCUGUCUGGAUACGUGUUGCUCCGCCAAAGUUCAGGUGGCUUGGACGUGAAGGUGAACAUCUCAGGAUUCGACGUGUCAAACAUUGACCUGGAUCAUCCCGAGCAGAGACUGCAUGGCUUCCACGUCCACGAGUUCGGGGAUUUCAGCAAUGGCUGCUUGUCCUUCGGCUCCCACUACAACCCUGAGGGCACCACUCACGGAGGCCUGACUCAUGAAAUCAGGCAUGUUGGCGAUUGGGGUAACAUUGAGGUCAACGAUCAAGGCGAAGCAGUCACUUCCUUUUCUGUCAAAGAUGCCAGCUUGCUAGGCCCGCACUCGAUCCUGGGACGUGGUAUUGUGGUCCACGAACUCUUGGAUGAUCUUGGUGAAGGAGGUGUUCCAGCUAGCAAGACCACAGGUAACGCUGGGGGCCGUCUGGCCUGUUGCAUCAUCGGCUACUCCAAACCCCUACCAGCCGAAUCCUUCCAGCAGACGACCGUCGCUCCUUCAAACUCCACCACCGGCGCAUAA